ACAGCGCCGCGCCGCCCGCCGCGCAGUCGUGCUACGUCACCAAAAUAAAUAAAACAACAGUUAUCCCGAAAAAAAAAACAAUAGUCAAAAUAACAAGAAAAACACUCUCGCGAUGUGAAAAUUAAAAAGUUAGUGAUUUCCUGUUUCGCCAAUGGCGGCAGUGUCGUGUUCCGCCUUCGAAAUUUAGUGCAACCGUGUGUUUUAGUGCUGAAUGCUGACCUAGUUUUAAAUGCAAUGUGACGUCAUUUGGCAAAAAUGUAAACCAAUCCAAGUGCCAAAAUGACUCUAAAUCUAACCGGAAACCGUACCGUGGAACCGCGUUCAACGGCCUACUACUACGCGGACAUCGAGCGUCUGAAACGGAAAAACCAGAACGGAACUCCUCACAUCACUGCCGACGAAGAAACGAGGAACCCUGACGAGCUCAGCGAAUAUGUCGAGUCUAAUGAAGUUGUCAACGAAGGAGCUAAAGUGGAAGUGCCUCCUUUACGAGACAGGCAGUACAGUUUACCUGAGUACACUACGCCUGAAGCUUGCAGACCUGAGGAGACCUAUUCAACGGCAGGCACAUUUCCAAUGCCAGAGCCUAAAGAGAAAGAACCACUGCUAGCUGAGCUGGAACUUGUUGGUCGACUGCCUUUAAGCCAGUUGGAUAGUGGAUCUGGAGUCAGGAGGAGUAGGAGCUGGUAUCUCUGCUGUCCCAAUGUGGCGGAUGAGGAGGUGUCCAGGGAGUCUUCUUGGCGGUACUCGAGUCUGCGGCCGGUUACGGCGCCUCCGAUGGGGAGGAAUGGAAUGAAUUUUAUGGUAACAACUCAAAGCAGCGGGCAUCCCGACGCGACCACGCUGCGCUGCGAGCGCGACGCACUAGCCCGGGCGCUGUCGGCGGAGCGGGCGCGGGCCGCCGCGGCCGCGAGAGCUCACGAUGCAAGGCUGGCUGAACUACAUGGGGUCAUUGCUGAGCUGGUGCGGAGGAGGGCAGCGGAUAAGCAGGCUAGGGCUAUCCCCGAGGAAGAAGUAUCAGAUGAAUGUGAGUCGACUACGCAACCGGCGGGGGAGCUGGACAACGACGCCGACAGGUCCAGGACAGACCAAAAUGACAGCUCGUCCCUCGUCAGUCCGGCCGAGCUACCGACUCCUCAGGAGAAGGUGGAACCUGGAUCGGAGGAUUUUAAACAUGAGGUCCAAGUCAGGUGGGUUAAGCCACAAGAGAUGAGCUCUAGUGAAACUCACCCCGUGGACAACUGUGAUACCAGCCUGGAUCUGUCAGCCAGGGAUUCAGAGAUCUGUCUGAGCACCGCGAGAUGUUGCGGCUACACGCGUCCACACGCCAGCUCGGGCAGCUGCGAGCGCGAGCACGGCUCGGCCGACGGAGCGCGGGUGUGUACGGCCUCGCCGCGCGACGAGCGCCGAGCCAAGCUCGCCAGCAGGGUGCGACUGAGACGGACUGACGACGACACCAGCCAUGAGGAGACGUGGUGUGCGGAGGCGGCGGAGAGGCUGGCGCUGGAUGUGUGCGCUCAGGCGGACCUCAGGGAGGCGCUGGUCGCAGCCAGCAAUGAUGGUUGCGCGCUGUCGGCCAGCGUGGCGGCGUGGCGCGCGCGGUGCGCGCGGCUGGAGGCCGACGCGCGCGUGCUGCGGUGCGCGCUCGGCGCCGCCGCCGACACCGCGCACAGAUUAUCGUGUGCGUGUGCGAUGCAAGAGUCGUCCUCGGUGUCCGUGUGUCUGGCGUUGCGCGCCGCCGACCGAGCGCUGGAAACGUAUGACGUACUACUGGCAUUAGCCGAGACCUUACACAGUCCGCAAGAAGAGCGCAAAGCAGCAGAGGUAGUAGCGAAGCAGUUGCUGGCGCGACUGGACGCGGAGCACACGUCGGCUACAAUAGGAGAGCCGCUGCUGUCGCCGGGGCCGUGGCUGCAGCACGACGGACAGGCGCACACAGACAGCGAGUGGACGGAAGAAUGCGAGACAAGGCUCCGAGCGCACGCGGCGCGGCUCAAGAGCGACACCGUCACGCUGCGGAACGCCGGGCAAGCGCCCGCGCUGUUCUCAUAUCACGAUGUAGAAGAAGAUGACUUACCAAAAUCCGCGGGCAGCGCCAGUAUGGCGGAGAUGGAGGCAGCGGUCAUGAUGCAGGAGAUACUCGCGAUGCGCGAGGCCCGCGCUGCCGCUCGAGCCGCCGAGGCCGCCGCCGGCCUCCGGGACCCCAACGAAGACCACAAGGAACAUAAAGAAUAUAAGGACCACAAGGAGUACAGCUACAAGGACCACAAAGACUAUGACCAUAAGGACAGGGACAAGGACCAUUCGCAACAUAAGAGCGACUCGACCCGCAGCCGCCGCCGGCGCGAGCGACACUGGCUGGAAACGCAGGCCUCCGAGACCGACCUCUGAACAUAUCCUAACCUAACUUUUAUUCCUCAGUAUAUAUACUAUAGAGACUAGUCUCUAGAGAUGGGCCGAAUAUGGACUUUGCCGAAUACGAAUAUUCGGUCCAGAUCAUACCGAACCGAAUAUUCGGUUGACUAAAACCAUAGAGAAAAAAAACAAUAAAUGCUCACUCCAUACUUAAGUUUUAGUACCAAUAAGACUAUUAUUUUCGCAGUCGACAUCUAGCACCGAGUAGCAGAAUUAUCAGUACUGCUACUUGACAAUAGAUGUUCCACCGACCGAAAAGUC